AUGGGACUACGAAAGAAGGGCGUGCACUUCACACUCUACGAAGAAGCGAGCCAGUAUUCUGCAGUAGGUGCUGGUAUUGGCUUUGGCCCAAAUGGCCUGCGGGCGAUGGAUCUGAUCGAGCCCGGCUUCCGCCCAAAAUACGAGAAGAUAUGCGUUGGAAACAAACCGGCCGACGCACAACACGUCUUCUUCGAGGGCUUACUUCUUGAAGAAGGCCUUGGCCAAGAUCAACCAUGGUAUGGUCAAUCGUCGUGGGGUCACCCUGAGUUUACUCGUAAAUCUGCCCACCGAAAGGCGUUGCUUGACAUCAUGACCAGUUUCAUCCCGACAGAAAGCGUCAGAUUCAACAAACGCCUGACAGAUAUCGAACAACAUUCAGACAAGGUUAGACUACGCUUCGCUGACGGCGAGGUUGCCUAUGCUAGCGUGCUUGCCGGUGCUGAUGGAAUUACGAGUAUAGUACGAAAGCAUGUCCUAGCACCUUUGUAUCUUACCCAAGUGCAGCCUGUGUAUGCACGCUCGUACUGCUACAGAGGUGUUAUCCCAAUAAACGAGGCCGAAGACAUCCUUGGAGACCUUACAGGUGUUGCCAAGUUUUACUUUGGCUACAGGCGAAGUGCCGUUACCUACCGGAUCACAGGUGGCGAGGAGUUCAACUUCCUUCUCUGCGCAGCCGAUGACAGGCCAUGGACAUCUGAGACAGGCGUGACGGAAAAAGUCACACACGAAGCUAUGAUGGCUGCUUUUGCGGGGCCUGGCGUAGAUGACCGCUUCCGUCGACUCCUCUCCAAGAUCAGCCCUAUCAAAUGGGGGUUCUUCCAUCACCCGCACACCGCGACUUACUAUCGCAACCGUGUGGCUAUCCUGGGCGACAGUGCGCAUGCAUCCCUACCCUUCCAGGCAGCCGGCGCAGCUCAAGGCGUGGAAGACGCCGUCAUCCUCUCCAACGUACUCGCAAAGGCGUCCCUCAGCCGUGCAAACGAAGACAUUUCGUCGCCGGUCAUUCGUGCAGCGCUGGACGCGUACGACUCCGUGCGGCGGCCGAGGGCGCAGAAGCAGCUCGAGCAAUCUGCUGAAGUAAGCCGUAUGAUUUUCUUCCAGCAUGAAGAGGCAGGGUCGGACAUGGGCAAGGUUUUGCCUCUGCUGCAGAACGGUCGGUUGGACUGGCUGUGGUUCCAUGACAUUGAAGAGGAUGUGCAGGCGGCAAUGUCCAAGAUGAAAGGAUGCACAGAAACUUGA